AUGUUUGGAACUGCCGAUCUGAAGCUGUGCGGCACUGCCAUCCUGCUGGUCUUGGGAGUUCUCACCAAUGUCUUCAACCUCGGGGUUAUGCUGGUGCAGCAGUGGAGGUCCAGAAGUGUGAAUACUAUGGCCGUCAUCAUCAGCUUCAUCUCAUUGGGCAACACCGUGCUGCAAGUCUCCACCUUCGUCCUCAUGGCCAUGGUCUGGGCUGGGGUGCUCUGCUGGCCAGACUUACCUUUCUUCUUCUGUGUCGUCCUGUUUGUGUGGCUCAGCAGCAGCUCUGUCAGCUUCUGGUCUGUCGCAUGGCUGAGCGUCUUCUACUGCAUGAGGGUGUUGAGCUUCUCCUUAGUACUCCUCAGAGCACUUAAGGACAAUAUCUCAUCCAUCCUGAAAGUCACCCUGGUGGUGACCUUAUUGACCUCCUGCGUGAUGUUCACCCCUUUCUUGUAUCUCCAUUUCGGAAGUAGAAGUCUUGCUCCAAACGUGACAGAAAAUGCUGCUUGUGUCAUCAGGAAGCCUCUGUUCCCCAACUGGGUUGACGUCAACAUUUAUGUGAUCACCUUUAUUUGCUACCUCACCCUGAUGCCCUUGAUGAUCAUGCUUCCGACAUCCCUGAGGAUGAUCAUUUACCUCUGCAAACACACUUUGUCCAUGCAGAAAAAGUCGAGCAGCUUUCACACUGUAGAGUCGUACCUGCUCAUCUGCAGGCUGACGGUGGCUCUGGUCUGGGUUUACCUCACCACACUGCUCACCAUAUCCCUUUACUAUUUCCAUGCCAUUUUUGCUUCUGGGCUGAGCGCAGAGAUGCUCUUUCUUGGAUUGUCGUUUUAUUGUGUUGCUUCUGCAAUCCUCCUCACCUGCUCCAACAAAAACUUGAGAGAGAAGCUCAAAGCACUGUUCCCCCGAGGAAAGAACACAAACACACUGAGAGUGUGCCAAGAGUGCUGA